UUUCAGGUUGCUAUGACAACAUGUAAACGUUUCACAACGCUGGCAUCCCGAAGCGUAGCUUUGUUUGGCUUUACAAGCAGAAAACUUUAAAAGGUAAAAAAAAAAAUAGUUACGGCUUUAAGCGACAAUUGGCGGGGUGUUUUUUUAUUUUUAUCUUGGUGUCGCUUGUUUUGUGGACUGUUUUGCGGUCGGACGUUCUUAUUGAACAUUUGUUGAUCGAGGUUCAGCACAACAGUCAUUUAACUGUUUACCUUUAUGCUGUCAGUUAAAACCACAAUGUUAAAGCCAGGAGAAACCGGAGAGAGAGAAAGAGAGGCCGAGCACGCUGAAGAAAGCCCGCAGUCACUUAGAAGUGCUGCAAGAGGGCCGCCACGUGGCGGGAGAGACUCGGGAAUUUUCGGAGAGGAGGACUGUCCAGACAGGUCCAGUCCAGAUGUACAGCGGAAUGUGAAAGACACUGGAACUCAAGCUAAAGUUGCGCUUGAGACUGUGGAAGAAGCUCAGUAUGAUUUCCCUACUGAUACUGAGGAACAUGAUGAGAAAACAAAUGUUAAAAACUUAACAGCUACUGUGAAAGUAUUGUUGAUGCCAGGUGGUCAUGUCAUGACUAUGGCUUUUGCUAUCGGGCUCAGCAUUGAAGAGAUAAAGCAUCACCUUGCCUACGAGCUAAAAGUCCCCCUGGAGGUGCUGCAGCUCUCUCUGGAUGGUAGAGUGGUGGAGGAGCAUCAGAGCCUGAUGGAGCUCGGCAUUCGGCCUCACAGCUCCACCCAGAUGGAGAUGAGCUCUUCUGACCCAAGCUCCUACCCGCUUCGCCUUCUACAUCCCCCAGAACAUGACAGCAUGCCAGAUGUCAUUACUGUACAAGUCCCAAAAGAGGAAGGGGUAUUCAAGGAGGUGGUGGUGGAGAUCAAGCAUUCCUGCCAUCAGAAGCCCUUCCUGGGUGGUUACAGGCACCGAUUGACAGGGGUGGAGUACCACCAUGCCUCUGUCCAGGCCCUGCUCAAAAAGAAACAUGACAGAGGUGUGCUUAUCUACAGUCGGAGCACACAGACAGUUGACCUGAAGUCCAAGCUUCAACAGUGUUCUGUCAACAUGUCUACUCAGAUGACUGGCAUUGGCUGCUACAUCUCCUGUGUGAAUGACAAGUUGAUAACUCCUGGAAAAUAUAUCACUGCUGAUGAGUAUCAUGGCAGGAGGCUAAAAGCUGUUAUCUGCCUGCAGUCAUAUGUUCGCCGAUGGCUAGCCCAGGAGGCAGUGGAGCAGCUGAAAAAGGAGCGAACGCGGCGACUGGCCUGGUUUGAGAUGCAAGACAGAAGGUGUAAAGAGGAGAAAGAGGAGCAGUUGAGAGACCGGCGUAAUCGCUGGAUGAACCCACAGAGAAGAGAGGACUUCAGUUUGCUGUACCACGCCCUGGAGAAGUGGAGGACUGAGGAGGAGCAGCAGAUAAACUCCACCCUGCGAGGGGCUGAGAGAAAGGUGGCUCUGUGCUCGCUGGUGGAGCAGGAAAUGCAGCUUAUUGCAGCCAUUGGUCGUCAUCAGAUCAACGUAGAAGCUAACAACCAUGACAAAAUUGUUAGGGACUUCCUAAACAAGUCCGCUGCUCCUCAUCAGUGGGAAUCAGCUAAUGGUCGUCUGCUAGAGAUGGACACUGCAGAGGACAUCAGAGCCAGGGAGCUGAAAGAGCUCUACAAUGAAAUCAGCCUGUACACUGUAGACAAGCAGCAGAGACUCACCUUCCUAAAGAAGCUUAAAAACAAUGUUAAGGAGCAUGAGUGUCAGCUGGUGUGGGAUAUUAUUGAUCUGAUUGACAGGGAGAUUGACUUGAUGAGUCGAGAGAUUAAAGAGCAUAAUCUGGAGGGGCUAAGGAAGAGGAUCUGUACUCUGUUCCUUCAGUAUAUCAAAACACCAGUGUUUAACCCCAAAGUGGCCAAACUGCUGAAGGUUUACAAGAAGCCAUCUGAGCUGAAGCACAAAAUGUUCUUUUGCCACGGCUGUCACCGUUACCUUUGCUCUGCUGACUUUGGCUCAUGUGCCAGUGGCAGCCGGAGUCAUUGGUGCCGAAACUGUACCAGACUAGACAACAUAGCAAGAUCUCGUGAUGAAGACUCUGUGUACAAAAGCAUCCUGAGGAGGUUGAGAACUGAUGAGCACAGACUCAAAACAGAAGCUACCAUCCCCUUCCUGCUACAGGUGGAAGACAUUCAGUACCUAACAGAAAAAGUCUGGGCUUCCUGCUCAGCUCUCAAUGGUAGCAGAGACCUCUAUAACCUGGCAUUUGCUCGCUGGGAACAUCAGAAGGACUGGAGUCCCUGGAACUGCAUACUGUUGUGCAAAGAGGAGACUUACGCUCACACGCAAGUCGAAGAUAUUCAUCAGGCAUAUGAAACCACAUUUAUCCAGUGGGUUGAACAGAAACACUUGAUGGCACGACAACACUUUGGCAAGAACCCAGUUAUGGUAAAGUAUCUGGGCUUCUAUCAAGAUGCUGCCCUGGGCAACCAGUUUGUCAUGUAGCCUGUUAACAUUGUCACUAAUAAGAAGACUGACUACACAGCAACCUCAGAACAUUAACAAACUGUGUGCUUUUAUUAUACUAUUGUUACUGUUUCUUUUGGUGAUCUUGUACACUGUGAGUGAAAUACACAAAACAGUUCAUGAGUUUUA